AGAGAAUCAAGGGGUUGAUAAAUUGAUACAAAUUGAAUUAAUAACAUAUGGAUGAGAAUUUGAUGAGAAGGGAGGAGAAAUGGAGGAUACUUGGUGGACAAUGGAGGAAACUGGAUGAGAAAUGGAAAAUAAAGAAGGAAAAUGGAGGAAAAUGGAGGAAAGUGGAUGAGAAAUGGAGGAGAAGACAGUGUAACAGUGCAGAGAAGGGGAGGAGAAAUGGAGAGAAUUAAUACUUUGCUGAGAGAAGCCUCCAUGGAACCUAUGCCGGAACCCAGGCACUGGGUUCCACCGAACCCAGUGCUGGGGUUCCAUCCAACCCAAGCAUUGGGUUCGAUGGAACCCGUGCCUGGGUUCCCUGGAACCCAAGCGCUGGGGGUUCCACCGAACCCAGGCGAUUUCUCCUCAUAAUUGCUGAGGCUUGGCCACUCUUAUCUGCUAUAAAACACACUCAAAGACUUGGUGUUAGUAGAGCUUGUUUUGAAUCUGAUAAUUGCAUUGUGGUUAAUUGUGUCUUGGACAAGCAAGCUGGUGUUCCUUGGGAGAUUUCCUUAAUAGUGAGGGCUAUUAGAGAGAGGUUUUCAUCUAAGCCUCAGUUUACCGUCCCUAAUGUGUUAAGGCAAUGCAAUAGAUUUCCAGAUUGGGUGGCUGGCCAUGUUUUGAAGGGUACGUAAUUACUCAUAUUUAUGGCCGCAAAGACCAAUAUUACAUCCUUGCUUUUUUUUCUUCUGUUUUUUUUUUUUAUUAAUUUUGAUUGUAUAAUGAAAGGUAAAUAUCUCUCAUCCCUUAUCUCAUCAUAUUCAUAUAUCAUGCGACCUAAAUUCAAAACAUCUAACUUUUAACAGAAGAAGAUAACUACUGAAUUAUUUAAGUCGUUGGUACAUCCAUACUUAGAUUGGUUGGUAAGGAGAUUGUGUAAUUUGUUCCUGGAUUAUUUUGUAGCUAAGCUUAAUUUGUAUUCUGUAUCAUGUUCAUUUAAUGAAAUGUGUUGCCUUUU